GCAAUUUGCUUGCGAUGUUUGACUUGAUAAGUUUUAUAUUGAUUUUCCCAACGAUUUUUGUGUAAAAAUAAAUCAGUACAUGGGUAUUAACCGCAAUGGUGUUCUGUUAGCUUUACUGAAAAAUUUUAAAUCUUUAGUCUCGUGUAUAUCCAGUUUCGUAUAUAAUAUUAGGAUUACUGCGGGUCGUUAGUGCACACACAUUUAUCCAUUUUUAAAAUGUAUCAUAAGUCUGAUUAUGGCUUCCUUCAGUCGCGGCAAGAGCAGCGGAGACAAGAAGACUUUGAUGGGUUGAACGAUUUGUUUAAUAAAAAGUUCCAGUUUCGUUUUAAUUCUGAAUGGAAAUUGCCUAACAUCGAGUCUUGGUACUCGACGCCGCCGUGGAAGAUACGGCAGCUGGACAUAUUAAAGACUCGCCUCAACAACCAUAAGAGCCAAUUGAAUGACUUUAGUAUUGAAGAGUGGAGCAGUCACACUCGGCGCAGAAACCCGGCAGGCGAAGUGGGCUGGAAGAUUCGUUGUAUGGUGAAUCCCGAAUUUCUGACACAAGCAUGGACGAAAUUCUACGAAUGCGCGUUCACAUACAACAUAGUGCCAGUAGAAGCAGUAAAAGAGAGGAAGAUGGUAUCGUUACAUCUGUGCGAGGCACCUGGAGCAUUUAUUACGUCUCUGAACCACUAUUUGAAGUCCAACCACCCUGAUAUUGAAUGGUCAUGGCUAGCUAAUACAUUGAACCCAUAUUAUGAAGGCAAUUCCCCAUCCAAUAUGAUCAGUGAUGAUCGCUUCAUGUUCCACACCCUGCAAAAUUGGGACUUUGGUGCUGACAACACAGGCAACCUUAUGCUGUGGGAAAAUUCUCAGGCUACUAUUAAGAAAGCUACUUCAUUGGGAAAGGUAAUGUUGGUGACAGCAGACGGGUCCAUUGACUGCCUACAGAAACCUGAUGCUCAAGAGGAGGUCACUUCCCCACUGCAUUAUUGUGAGAUUGUCACGGCUCUGCAAGCCCUCAGCCCAGGUGGCACGUUCAUCUUUAAACUCUUCACAAUUUUUGAACAUUCCACUGUGAGUCUACUUUACCUCAUCAACCACUUAUUUGGGGAGGUGAACAUCUAUAAACCUGUCACUUCUCGACAGGGCAAUUCUGAAGUUUACGCUAUUUGCCUUCAUUAUAAAGGAAAUAGUGGCAUUGAUGACUUCCUCCCUGUUCUGAAAUCCGCAUAUGGGACAGAGCUGUAUGGCAAAUUAUGCUUAUUCCCGAGAGAAGCAAUUCCAGAUAGCUUUGUAAAACAAGUAGAGGAGUGUCAGUCAUACUUCUGCUCAAUACAGUGUCAAGUGAUACACAACAACUUGCAAGCAUACUUGCUGCAAAACAACAUUGCCUUGCACAGAGAUAUGAAGAGAGUUAGAGCUUUAGUGGCAACAGAAUUCAUAUGGUUAUACGGCUUGAAACCUUUGGAUAUUGAACAAGAGAUUCUGAAAGGGAUUCUGCACGAGGAGAACAAAAUUAAUACGAAUCCGCGAUACCACCUCGGCUCUUACACAGAGAGAGAACUGUAUACAAAGAUGGGGCUCAAAGAAAAAUGCAAGAGCCUAAGCACAUUCCUACAAACUGAAGUCCUAUCAAAUCCAAUGAUGGCCAUGACUGAGAAAACCAAAUGGAUUUUCUAUGAUGAUACUUUUGCUUUGGACCUCGUAUUCACCUGUGGGCGGCCAUUAUUGAAAAUAAAUAGCUCAAAAUUCAUAUUCGCGCCAAUAUUCAAACUCUACCAACAGAUUCUGGCUGAAGAGGAGUUCAAGGACAUAAUAUUUCCUAAAAAUCCUAAAUUAAAAACUAAAAAUCUGAUUGACGCCGACAAUGAAGGUGAUAAAGUUCUUACAUUUCCCGAGUUCAAUUAUGAAGAACUUUAUCAUGUUCACGAGAAAAAAUGUUUCAGGACAUUUUUAAAAAAGCUGAAUAAGUUGUUACAUGGCGAAUCUUUGAUUGUGCGAAAUUUUAACACUUUGACUCAUUUUAAUGUUAGUGUGCUUUGCAUUCUUUCGACAAAAUGUUUUCACAAGACUGGAUUCACGUCCACUGGCGAUAUUAUUUUGAACAAUUUAGUGAACAAAGAUUCUUUGAGGUAUUUGGAUAUGAUUGGGGCCGAGUGUGAUAAGAUGAUGGACGAUGAAACGGUGGACGUGUUGAACUGUCUGCCCGUGCAGGUGACAAAUGUGGGGGAAAUUUUCAACAACGUUGUGUUCUACAAUAAUACACUUUAUCGCAACAAAUGUACUAAGUAUCUGGUUACUAUUGAUCAAUCUAUGUAAAUUUUUGUAUAAACUUUAAUGCAAUGUGCAAUCUUCAUCACUAUUUAUAAAUGUUGUAUUUGAUUGUUAUGCAGAAUAAGUUUGUCUUUGAAAAGGCUUCAAU